CUAAUUAACAACCACCUACCGAGUAUCCCUCGCCGAUUCACCACGAAGGUAGGUAUCAAUUAUGGGAAUGGGCACAAAUUUGGCCGGGCUACCCACACAACGAGGUAUUCGGAGAGAUCUAUCAGGCACCUCUAGGAGGUAGGCAAAUCGUUGAUAAAUCUUAGAGCACUGCUCACUCCAAACGUGAUGGAGAGACUCAACGAGGAGCAACCGCCAUUCGUGCCCUUUACAACGCCUGAGCGCAUCCAACAACUGGGCGCCAUCGACCAGGGAAUUGUCAGCCUCUUGCGCUCGACGGCCUCGGCCCUACGGACACUCGGCAGGACGGGGGCCAGGGACGGAGACAUCGUCAUGGCUGACAAGGACCGCCAAUCCGAGGUCUUCCAAGACUCGAUGAACGAGUUCCUCAAGACGCUGAGGUCCGUUAACGUCGGGAUGAAGCGCCAGAUAUGGGGACUCGAGGAGGCUUCCAUCAUCUCCCUGGGUGGUAAGGACUCCCAGGCCACCAAGGACGAAGGAGGCGAGGCCCAGGGAGCCAACAACCGCGCCGCCCCUAUCGAACCCGACGGCGACGGCAAGAUCGGCGGGCUCGACGUCGGAUGGCUCAAGAGCCGGAGCGACAAGGUGGAGAGGGAGAUGGAAGCCAAUCUCUGGAACGAAGCCGAAUCAUUCUUCCAGCGUCUUCUCCAGGCCGGAGGCGGAGCAGGCACUACGUGAAUAGACAGAAGAGAGCACGGCUUGGUCUCGAGCCUUGAUAAGAUCGGGCCGCCGCCGACGCGCCUCUCGGCAGCAUAGCAACGGACGGCGUUAAAUUGGGCGCUUUAUAGGUAUGCAGGCUACCUACCGCGCACGUCCUCUUCUUCUCCCUGCCCGCGAGAUGUGCCAGGGUUAGCUUCCACGCGUAGCCAUAUGUCACGUAGAUAUCUCAUACUAUAGUAUUACGAAUUAUGGCCUAUCUCCAAUCUCAUCUACCUACGUCUUCGCAGGUGAUUCGCUAC